AUGGAAGUCGAAGAAGGUGGUUAUGAUUGUGAGUUUGUUGAAGAGCUUCCAGAUGACCUAGUGUGUCCAAUAUGCCUCUUAGCAUCCAGAGAGCCACAUCUCAUAUCAUGCUGUGGGACGAAGCUCUGUCAUUCUUGUGUAUUGAGAAUUCAGUUCGCAGAACAACCGUGUCCUUGUUGUAGAGUAGAAAGGUUUGAAAUUAUGAAAGAAAAGGCGGUAGAAAGACGCAUAUUAGGCUUAAAGGUUUAUUGUAAGUAUAAAGGCAAGGGAUGUACUUGGACUGGUGAGUUGAGGGAUCUCGAGAAACAUGAGAAGUCAUGCCAAAUGUCUUGUAGCGACACUGACUUGAUCAUUGUUAGAAAGAACGAGGUAAUAGACCAACAAGCUAAGCAGAUCAGGAAGUUAGAAGACUCGAAUAGAAAACUUUGUGAAGAUAUAGCCGGGCUACAUAAGGAGCUUGAAAAACUUAAAGUUAACGAGGCUGCUAAUGUUCACGAGAAGAACAGGAUAAUUGAAGACCAAAGUCAACGUUUAAAAAUCAUGAGAAAUGAAAUUGCAAAACUUCAAGAAAGCAAGGCUGAGCAAGAGAGGAUGAUGAGGAACAGCAUUAAAACUCUAAGUACUGAGAAUGAAGAGCUGAAACGAAAACUCAUUGAAAAACAAGCACCCAAUCCAGCACAUGACCUGCUUCCCGCCUUAGUGUCUGAUUUGAGGAAGGAUAUUCAACAACUAAAGACCGAGAAUGAAAACUUGAGACAUGAGCUUCACGACAGACCAUUUCACCCGCCACCACCUCAUCAUCGUCACGGACCACCACCACCUGGACAUGGACCACCUAGACAUCAUCCACCCUUUGGGCACCAUAGGAGACAUCCUCACCCACCACCUCCAUUUUAG